UGCAGGAAGCACACUUGGUUGAAUGAGCCGUUUAAAGCAGCAAUCAGCGAGAAAAACGUGUUAUUGUGAUGCCCGCACGGAGCGGAGGACUGUCCGAGGCUGCAGACCGGAGGAGCGCACCGUGACACCGGGGAGACGCACUGAGGCACCGGGAGACGCGCUGCUGCAGGAUCUGGGUCUGCAGGGUCUGGGUCUGCAGGGUCUGGCUGCAGAUCAGAUCAGGAGUCUGUCUCUGGGGGGGUUUGAGCUGGUGAUGGUGAUGGUGAUGGACAGCUGUUGGGACAUUGAUUCGGGUCCAGAGGUUGAUGCGUAAUUGACCGACACCGACACCAUGGACCGAGAGGAGGCUGUUCUCUGUGGAGGAGGAAGAGGAGGAGGAGGAGCGGCUGACUUUCUCUCCUCCACUAGGAACCAGAACCAGAACCAGAAUAGUGUUUAUUACCAGGUGUGAGAGGUGUAACUAGGAAUUUGCUUUGGUUUUUAUUGGUGCAAAUCAAACAGUAUAAUAAUAACAAAAAGAAUAGAUCAAAACGUUAGAAUAAAAUAAGAAUAUAAAAAAACAAUUACAUUUCUACCAAAUGGAUGGAUGCAUCGUGAUGGAUGAGGCUUUUUGGGCCAAAACGUGAAGCUCUGAUGUCUCAGCUCCGUGCAGGUGCAUCGACACUAACUAACACCGGAUUCACCUUCUCGGUUCCUCUCCAGCAGCAGCAGCUCGCAGGAAUAUACAGGAAACAUGUCUGCUUCACUGAUGCUGCUGCGCGUUGAUCUCUGGAGGACUAUCUGAGUUUAAUGGUUUUAUUGAAUCCACAGCGACCUCUCCACGGAUGCAUGCUGGCUAAUUGGAUGAUGUUGAUGAUGUAGAGUCAAAUCCACCUGGAUCUUAUGUCCCCUCCUCCUCCUCCUCCUCUGGGACUUCUGCGCAUGUUCAAUAGUUUUUUAUUCCCACAGCUGCUCCUGGAUGAAGGAUCAUCUCCUCCUGGAUCAUCUCCUGUAGUUCUGGAUCAUCUCCUGUAGAGACUUCUUCAUGUGACCCAGCUAUGGGACUGUUAACUCGCCUCAUCUUUGGGACUAAAUAGGCGUUUUGUUUUUUUUUCCAAGUGGAACAAAGUGUUUUAUUUGUGUCCAUCAUGUCCAGAUCGAACAGUGUCAGCCCACCAGGACCAGGACCAGGACCAGGACCAGGACCCGGACCCGGAGUCGGUGCACCCGGGCUGAGGGGAGGGACCGAGCACAGAUCCGCCUGGGGGGAGUCUGAGUCCAACGGGGGUCCAAACCCAAACCCAAACCCCUCCAGAACCAGAACCAGCAGUCGGUGGAAGGAGGAGGAUGAACCCGGCAGAGCCACCACCACCACCACCGUCAGCAGGGUCAGCUUCAGGUCCAGGUCGGCUUGGCAGGACCAUGGAGAGGUGAGACCCAGGUCCGUGGAGCUGGGUAUGCAGGAGCGCAGAGCCACUAAGCCCAAGAGCGACCAGGACCAGGACCAGGACUCGGACCAGGAGGUGAUGCCUGAAGUGGACUUGUCUCUGCUGGCCUGCUGCUCCAACAUCAUGCACAUCUUCAAAUCCAAGAAGUUCCAGUCUGAGAAGCUGGAGCGGCUCUACCAGCGCUACUUCUUCCGUCUGAACCAGAGCAGCCUGACCAUGCUCAUGGCGGUUCUGGUCCUGGUCUUCUCGGUGAUGCUGGUCUUUCACUGCGCCGGUGGAGGAGCACCGAGCUGGACCUUCGUCUCGGUGUUCUCCGUCUCCAUCUUCCUCACGCUGGUCCUCAUGGUGGUGUGCAACAGGACCGGGUUCCACCAGGACCACAUGUGGAUCGUGUGCUACGUGGUGAUCCUGUUGGUGCUGGUGGUCCAGGUGAUCGGGGUUCUGCUGGUGCAGCCCCGGAGCGCCUCGGAGGGCAUCUGGUGGACCGUGUUCUUCAUCCAUGUGGUCUACACGCUGCUGCCAGUCCGGAUGAGAGCUGCGGUCAUCACCGGAGUCAUCCUGUCAUCCAUCCACGUGUCUGUCUCCAUGGUGAUGAACGGGAUGGACAGCUUCCUGUGGAAACAGAUCGUGUCCAACGUGCUGAUCUUCUCCUGCACCAACAUUGUGGGAGUGUGCACCCAUUACCCCGCCGAGGGUUCCCAGAGGCAGGCCUUCCAGGAGACCAGGGAGUGCAUCCAGGCUCGCCUCCACUCCCAGAGAGAGAACCAGCAGCAGGAGCGGCUCCUGCUCUCAGUGCUUCCCCGCCACGUUGCCAUGGAGAUGAAAGCCGACAUAAACGCCAAGCAGGAGGACAUGAUGUUUCACAAGAUCUACAUCCAGAAGCACGACAACGUCAGCAUCUUAUUUGCAGACAUCAAGGGUUUCACCAGCCUGGCGUCUCAGUGCACGGCGCAGGAGCUGGUGAUGACUCUUAACGAACUCUUCGCCCGCUUCGACAAGCUGGCAGCGGAGAACCACUGUCUGCGGAUCAAGAUCCUGGGAGACUGCUACUACUGCGUGUCUGGGCUGCCGGAGGCCAGGGCCGACCACGCCCACUGCUGCGUGGAGAUGGGGAUGGACAUGAUAGAGGCCAUCUCGCUGGUCCGUGAGGUGACGGGGGUGAACGUGAACAUGCGAGUGGGCAUCCACAGCGGCAGGGUGCACUGUGGCGUGCUGGGACUCAGGAAGUGGCAGUUUGACGUCUGGUCCAAUGACGUCACACUGGCCAAUCAGAUGGAGGCUGGCGGCCAAGCUGGGCGUAUCCAUAUCACCAAGGCCACUCUGAAUUAUCUGAACGGGGACUACGACGUGGAGGACGGAGCAGGAGGAGAAAGAAACGGCUACCUGAAGAAGCACAACAUAGAAACCUACCUCAUUGUGGGCUGCAGUCAGAAACGGAAAGAGGAAAAGGCGAUGAUCGCCAAGAUGAACCGACAGAGGACCAACUCCGUCACCCACAACAGCGGCCACUGGACCGACCGGCCCUUCUACAACCACCUGGGAGGCAACCAGGUCUCCAAGGAGAUGAAGAGGAUGGGCUUUGAGGACCCCAAAGACAAGCAUUUCAAUUUCAGAAACACGCAGGAGAACCUGAACCCAGAGGACGAGGUGGACGAGUUCCUGGGCCGAGCCAUCGACGCACGCAGCAUCGACCGCCUGCGCUCCGAACACGUCAAGAAGUUUCUGCUCACCUUCAGAGAGCCUGACCUGGAGAAAAAGUACUCCAAACAGGUGGACUCCAGGUUCGGGGCUUACGUGGCCUGCGCCUCCCUCGUCUUUCUCUUCAUCUGCUUCAUCCAGAUCGUCAUUGUGCCAUCCUCCAGCCUGAUGAUCGGCUUCUUCGUCACCUGUCUCGUCAUCCUGACGGCCGUCAUGUUCGUCUCCACUGUGUACUGCUGUUUUGGGCUCUUCCCGGUCCCUCUGCAGACUCUCUCCAAGAGGAUAGUCCAGUCCAGACUGAACAGCACCCUGGUGGGCGUCUUCACCAUCAUCGUCGUCUUUCUUUCUGCUUUCAUCAACAUUUUCACCUGCAGCAGCAUGGACCUGCGGAGCUGCAUCAUGGCGGAGCUCAACAUGAGUCUGCCUGCUGUGAACGCGUGCCACGCCCACCAGCUCAACUACAGCCUGGACUCUCAGCACAUCCCCUGUGAAGACGACGCCCUCCUCUGCAGCUUACCGGAGUACUUCUCGUCCUGCGUGCUGCUGAGCCUGCUGGCCUGCUCCGUCUUCCUGCAGAUCAGCAGCCUCGGUAAACUCUUCCUCAUGCUCUUCAUCGAGCUGCUCUACCUCCUCAUCAUGGAGGUGCCCAAAGUCAUCCUCUUCGACAACCAGGACCUGCUGGUGAUGGCCAACGCCGUCAACGUAGUCGAGCACAUGAACGGAACAAGCUGCGUGAUGGACACCAAGGUUCCUCUGAAGAUCAUGACCCCGGUGGUCAUCACCGUCUUCGUUCUCGCCCUCUACCUUCACGCCCAGCAGGUGGAGUCCACGGCCAGACUCGACUUCCUCUGGAAGCUGCAGGCCACAGAGGAGAAGGAGGAGAUGGAGGAGCUUCAGGCCUACAACCGCCGUCUGCUCCACAACAUCCUGCCCAAAGACGUGGCGGCCCACUUCCUGCAGCGCGAGCGGCGUAACGACGAGCUCUACUACCAGUCGUGCGAGUGCGUGGCCGUCAUGUUCGCCUCCAUCAGCAACUUCUCAGAGUUCUACGUGGAGCUGGAGGCCAACAACGAGGGAGUGGAGUGUCUGCGGCUGCUCAACGAGAUCAUCGCCGACUUCGACGAGAUCAUCAGCGAGGACCAGUUCCGUCAGCUGGAGAAGAUCAAGACCAUCGGCUCCACCUACAUGGCGGCCUCCGGCCUCAACGACUCCACGUACGACAAGGCCGGGCGCUCGCACAUCCGCGCCCUGGCCGACUACGCCAUGAGGAUGAUGGACCAAAUGAAAUACAUCAACGAGCACUCCUUUAACAACUUCAAGAUGAAAAUAGGUCUGAACAUCGGCCCGGUGGUUGCCGGGGUGAUCGGGGCCAGGAAGCCUCAGUACGACAUCUGGGGGAACACGGUGAAUGUGGCGAGUCGCAUGGACAGCACAGGUGUACCGGAGAGGAUCCAGGUGACGGCCGACCUGUACCAGGUACUGAGCUCCUAUAACUACACACUGGAAUACAGAGGGCUGGUCACAGUGAAGGGCAAAGGUGAGAUGAUGACCUACUUCCUCACCAAUGGACCGCCGAGCAGUUAACCUCAACUGAGUGACCGAUGGACACAGCGAGCAGGCUCACGGACCCCUGAUAGCAAACGGCGGCCUGAGACUCGACUGAAGCGUCCCCUCAACGGCGGGAGACUGAGUGGGAGAGGCCUAGCUAGCCUGAAUCUGCCAUGGAGACCAAAGACGUCCAAUCAGUGCAUAAAGACAGAUGUUUCCCAGCUGUGUGAGUCGAACUCCUAAAAGGAAGAAAUGUUCUCCGAGAGAUUUUGCCAGAUUUUUCUGGGACAAACCUGCAGCGGGACGCGACCUAUGCCACUUCCUCCUCUUCCUCUCUGCCUUUCUCCUGCUGAAGUAUACAUGUAAAACACGGGACAGUUUUUAUGUGUAUUAUUUUAUGUACUGUACGUUAAAUGUCCAUGUUGUCGUGGUACGAAUCACUCGAGUGUGGACGCUCAGCCGGCGCCGCAGCACUAUCCGUCCCCUCGUAUCAAUAUCUGAUCAGUAAUUAACAGAAGUCGUGUCUUAUCGGAGACGAGGUGAGACUGCUUUUUGUACGAACAGAGACUCCGCGGUGUUUACAGAAAGCUUCUCGUGUAAAUUCACCAACGUACACUACAGUAUCAUCAGCAUAUAAACACACGAAAACACACAAAGAGGAUGUCAACUUUUUCUAAUCUUCGACAUUUUGUAUUCUGACUUCAGAACACCAAACGCUAGCAGAUAUUUUAAGAUUCUAUAUUUUGUACAUUAAUAUAUAUUAGAGAGCUAUCUAUAAACACCAAUGUGUAUUCAGAUGUACAUACUGUAUCACUCAUCAAAGUCCUCGCUGGCGUUGCCUGGUCUUAACGUAGCGCCACAGCUGACUGACGCCCCUGAACGCCUCGUUGGAGCGUUUAUUUCUGAUUAUUUCCGUCCGAACCGAGCGUGUUCGCACUUUGAAUGAGAGACUAGAGGACGAGAGGCGAAUGCAUCUGUCUUUUUGCACUCCAGUGCUUUCAGCCGUCCGCCCCUCUCUGCACCCCCCCCCUCGUCUUUGCUUGCUCAAUCAGAUGGUACGACCCAAUGAAUGUCAAAUGAUCUCCGAUGAGGCCUUUAAUAUGAACUCUGUACUGAUGCUCAUCCUGUGGACGGGGACACACGAGCCCACGAGGAAAUGUUUCCUUUAAAUCUGCUGGUUUAUUUUGUUCUUUGUUUUUCUCCAAUCAGAGCAGUUCUUCAGUAUUACAGCGUUCGUUACUCAGCAGACAAACUUUAACUGUCUUUAAUCUGCCGGUUUCAGUGAUUUUUCUUUUGAUUUUCUUUUUAGUUAUUACCAAACACUACAGCUGGUUCUGUUUGUCUUGGCUGAGUCACAGAUUACAGUAUAAUCAGUAAAUGUCUGGACACAGUGUCAAGUUUUUACCUGAGAAUAUUGAGGAAUAUAUCAAGCUUAAAGAGACAGUUCACCCCAAAAUCAAAACUACAUAUUGUUCCUCUUACCUGUAGUGAUAUCUAUCUAUCUAUCUACAUUGUUUUGGUGUUGAAGAUAUCGGCCAUAGAGUCUCUCGGUUUGUGGUGCUCAAAUCGCCAAAAAAAACUCGACAGCAGUGUUAAUUUCAUUUAGAAAACUAUGAUGAAAUAUGUUUGUCAACGACCUUUUUUUCCACGACUAAAGCCGUGG